ACACGUACAGCAGUCGGCUACAAAACAAUUUCACUCAACGCUUUAAGAAUUACCCGUGUACUGUACUUUUGAGUGCUGCUUUAAACAUCGGUAAGCAAGGAUUUAAUUAUUGCUCAUUUUAGUAAGUGGGUAAUUUAUAAUAAUUACCCCUGUAAGGUGUUUAAACCAAAAGCGCUAUAGUAAUUACAUCAAUUUUAUGGCUCUGCAUUCUCUUUACUUUUUGGGGUCGAAUCAAUAGUUUAUUUGGAAUUUCUCACCAUAAAAAGAGUUUCUUUCUGAUUUCAUGACCAAGUUACUAAUAUGAUACAGGUUACAGAUUACGCUGAUAGUGAGUAAAUCAAGUUGUGGUUUUUGUUUACUUGAACAUUUAAGCAACCAUUCUGCCACCUAUUCGAUUAUAUUGCGCGCGAUUGUUUUUCCCGUGACAAAACGUUACAAUGUCCGCUCGGGCAGUCCCACGCCCCGUCAAAUUUAAGGUUCCACCCACAGCCAAGGAUGCGGCAAAUGCUUUCUCGUUAUUAUCCACGCCAGCCGCAGUCAACAGCGUGUACUAUGCACUGCUGAUCUGGCUAGCGUUCAUCAUUACUUGUCUAGCACUCAUUUUACCGCAAAUAAUCAAGCAGCGCCAUUUCUGGAUUGUACUGGAACUCUUAUCCGCGCGACGGUGGUUCGAUGUGGCCUACAAUGCCCUUCAGGCGCGACCCCUCGCUGCCGAGGACAAAGCAACCAUUAAAACGGGCGACACCGCACAACCAGUUACCGCCCACCCUGUACUAUUUCACCGCCUUUUAGCCAAACUCGGAUUCAUCCAGAAUCCAGCGCCUUACACGAUGCCCGCAGCGGCUGAAAGUUCGAUGUUGAAUUUCUACGGUGACACCGGGCUGGUGCAGCCCGGUGCCGAAAACGAGAAGGAAAAAUUCGGACUGGGCAAGGAUGAACAGUCCAGCAGUCGCUAUUUAUGGUAUCUGAUGGAACGCCCAGACAUUCACGACCAGCCCAGCGACAAUCCCUUCAUGCAGCUGCAGACUAGCAGCCUGACUGCACCCUCAAAAUCCGAGCCCACUUUCGACUUUAAUCUGGCCUCGCGAUUUGAGGAAUCGAAACAGGAUAUCGACACUGGUGAAGGGGAACGCGGAGCGGAAGAAAUUCACCUUCCUGAGUCGAAAAUAAUCAAUCAAGUAUGCCGCAGCGGAACCUGUCAGUAUCAUUCAUCCCUCGAUCCGAGUAAAUUAAGCGAUCCCAAAUACUUCUCCGCCGGUGUGGAGCGGUUAAUCAAGGAAAUGCUGGAAGAUGUGGCAUUGGCGGCCGUUGAAGAUAAUUUUGAAAGUGAUGCUGAAGUGGAAAAAGAAACGCCCGUUCCGUUGAUCGAAGAUUUGUUGGUCAUUCCGAAACUUCUCGUGGAAAAUCUAGCCGAACCGAUACUAUCGCUGGCAUCGGCUAUCGGAGCUGAAUCGCCAUUGGUCGAACCCGUUACAGUGCCCGAAGUACCGAGAUUAAGCAUUGCGGAUCAGUUCAGUUCGACCGGUGUGUCCGAACCGUUGGCCGUCUCCAGUGUUCAAGACACAAUGGCCACGGAUAUGCACGCCUCGGAAAUUCUUGUCCGUCCCAGCCAGCAGCGUCUUCCGCAGUAUCCGGAUGCUGUUGUCUUUCCUUGUGACAUUGAUUUGACUAGACCGAACGGAUGGCGAUUUGCCCAGUGGAAACCGUGUGAAAUUCGGGUCGGUACCGCGGAAAUCGCUGUACGAUAUCGGAACCGAAAGGAUCAGCUUGUAGAAAAGCAUAUUACGGAGAAAGACCCUUCACAGUUUACGUUCUCCGUUCCACGUUCGAUGAAAACGGGACUAUCGGCAUCCGCCCGUCGUUUCGGAUUAAUAUGCCCAAAUGGUCACUUUCGAUUCCGUGCAUUGGAUCACGAAUCGCAGGCCAAAAUACUGCUUGCUUUGAGAAAUUUUACGAAGCCGAUUACAGUAUGAUCACAAUAUCAAGUACAAUAGCAAUAUUGUGUCGAUUAGUGUGGGCCUUAGCAUGCACAAGUUAAACUGAAAAAACUUAAACAAAAUAAAACAAAACAUCUGUCUGUUUGAAUCUGGAAUUCCAGAUACAGAUGACAGUUA